AUGAACACUGCCGCUUUCUUAGCAUUUCUGAACGAAUUCACGCCCAAAGAAGCGUCAAAACCACUGAGUGGCCAAAAUGAGGCUGUCCUUAUUGUUACUGUGACAGUUUACGUUGCUGAGAUGAUCAUCUUUAUGAUUGGCAUACUUCUAUAUCACCAUUGCGUGUUUAUGCCAAGAGUUCGACUAAAAAUGUAUAAGGAGGAAUGGCCACAAACUGACACUGGAGAUGUCGAAACAUUACCUCGUAUGGAAGAUAUGACGCAACCCGAUGCCGACGUGGAAGAUAAGACAUUAUUCUCAAAUACAUUUGAGCGAAGAAAGAAGUCGAAAUCUCGGGAAUUCUUGGAGCCGAGCACACCUCCUUCCAGCGCGCAUGAUGAUUUGCGACAAAUUUUCGACACCGGCAUGGUUGCGGACAACAUAAACAACACUAUGGUGACAGUUUUCUUUAACUUCAUAAUUUUAGCUUAA